ACGUUCUGCUGUAAACAAAAUUUAAUGAUGUGGAUCAUUAGGGUGCAGAAUGACUGAAAUUGGUGUUGAUGUCGCACGGCAUCCGCUGACCGGGCGCCUCGCCUCAUUCGUACGCUGCGCCAGUGCCGGGUGGCCGCUCCGCGCUUAUCAUAACUACGCUAUCACCUACCCACCCUCAUGUUAAACCGAGUUAUAAAUAAAAACAAUAAAACAAAAAUACUGUGGACACGCCGGGCCCGAGUGACAGUUUAUCAGUGCAUUCGUUAUUUAUAAUUAUAAAUAAUAUCAGCAAAUAAAUAAACAUUGGACACGUUCAAGUGGGCCGCGAUCAGACGGGGUGAUUGAUGGACCGUUGUGUGUUGUGAACUUAUCGUGCCUGAUACAUGACCUCCCCUAAGCUUGAGAUGUCAUUGGAACAUGAGAUUCCUGUGUUGAUGAAAAAGACGCAGAUGAGCGGUGAUCGUGCGGGCUCGCAGUGCGGUAUCACGUCGCUCCUGCCGAUGUCGUGCCGCGGGCGCGCGGCCGCCUUCGCGCGCGACCUCCACUCGCGUCUGCGCAACCUUGGCGGUGCCCAGGAUGAGGACUGCGAGAGCAGCUGGCUCACCAGAGAGAACGCUGCUGCCCACCGACCAACCACCUCCGCUCAGCGCGACCACGACACUUUCUACGAUUUUGAAAUCGAAUGCGAGAGUCCGUCCAGCCCGAUAGACGAUUUCGAUGCCCCGUUUCCCGAGAGAAAUUCCAACGAUGAAGAACCUUUCUACGAUGUCGAUUCCGAUCCAGAUGUUAAGGAACAAAACAAAACCACGCUACAUCAACCAGACAAAAUUAAAAAUGGAUUUACGUUCUCGACUGCAUUUUAUACAGAAUCGCCGGUAAAACUUCAACCGGCCCCUCGAGAAAAUGGACACUCUGAUAAGAGACUUUUCUCACCGAUCACAUUCGAGGGUUGCGCGCGACAAAAUAGUCUAGAUGAAGUUGAUAAUGCAAUAAUUACAUCUCCAAUUACGAAAACGGAUAGACUCAGUUUACCGAAUUUAAAUAGUGUCACCUUGGACAGUGAUUCUGAGUUCGAAUCCGCGAAAAGUGAACCUUCAGACGUUGUUGAUGAAGUUUUCCAAAAUGAUAGGUUGGAGAGUGAUCUCACAGAAUGCAACGACAAUUUGUCAGUUGCGGAAGUUGAAGCUGCAAACGAAGAAGAUAUUUUUACGAAUAAUAGCGAAGAAAUUUGCACAGAAUUUAAUAAUGAAACUAAUGGUUUAGAAAUUAUAACUAGUGAAGUGCAAAACGAAAAAGAAAUUUCUCCUACCCCAGAAAUUGAACCAACAUUAUUGAGUGCAGAAGUAAAAACCAACGACAUCGAAGAUAUUGAAGAUGAUAGACCUCAACGUGUCCGACGUUGUUCCUCAUUGAAAACAGGCAAAACGCCUCCUGGGACGCCAGGCCGGAAAAAAAUCGUGCGAUUUGCCGAUGUAUUGGGUCUAGACUUAGCUGAUGUUAAAACAUUUAUGGAUGAAAUUCCUGUAAUUCCUAAAUCUGCGUACGAUGAUCUCACUGGUUGUGAUGUGGCGAGUUCUCCCCCCGUGAGGGCCUCAACUAGACUUGGUACUCUCACCUUGGUUCCCCUUUUCCAGCUACCUCGUGAUGUUACGGACAAACUAGAGUUGCUAAAUGUGUGCCUUGAAAGUGCGCGAGUGUGCGAUGGUGUGCACGUCACCGUCUGCGGCUCGGUAAGAGUGCGAAACUUGGACUUCCAUAAAACAGUGCAUAUUCGUUACACUUUAAAUCGAUGGCAAACGUACACAGACUUACAAGCUACAUACGUGCAAGGAUCUUGUGAUGGCUACUCUGAUCGUUUCCAAUUUGUUUUAUAUGCACCUACAAUUGUGUCAGGUCAGAGGUUGGAAAUUGCCGUGCGUUUUCAAUGCAAAGGCCAACAGUUUUGGGACAAUAACAGCGGCGCUAACUACUGCUUCGACUGUUUAGCGUUAGGUAUGAAUGUUCCUAUACAACAGUCGCCGCCCGGGCCUCUUCACCCGACCGUAGAUUGGCACCCAUCGUUCUACUGACAAAGUAGAUAUUCUCCGAAGAGAUGAGCAAGUCAGCAUCGAAAAGUCGAUGGUGAGAGAUCGAGAACGGGUCGGGCGGGUCCCGGGCUGAGGCAGGGAGCGCUGC